AUUAUCGUAAGCGUAACAAUUCGUAAUUUCGUAAACAAGUAGGAAAUAAUAUAAGAAAAUCUUUAUAUAAAAAUGACUUUAUCAGAAUUUACGAAAUUAAAGCAACAAAUUGUGUUUGAUGUAGGUAAAUGUGAAAACCAUAUUCAUAUACUUAAUAAAUUAAAAGAAUUCUAUAAAGAUGAUAUAGAUUCUGAUAGAAGAUUUGAACAAAUUAAUACAAUUGGGCAGUUAAUUAACAUAUUAGAAAUUAGGAAUGUUCUAUCGGAAGAUGAUGUCGGACCUUUAAAAGAAAUCGCUCGUAGAAUUAACAAUGACGAUCUUUUAGAAAGGAUAUGUGACUAUGAAGUAAAUCAUAUUUCAAAAGGAUAUAUUAAUCAAUAUGUUAUUGAGAAUAUACCAAUGACAUCUAUUAAGCAACAAAUGACAGAAAAUAAAGAAAGCUGUCUACAAAAUCAUCCUUUUGGUGCAAUGAGUCCAAAAAAAAUGCUAAGAAUUAGAGAAACAAUCAUAGAAGAAAUUGGAAGCUUUUGGCGUGACUUGGGAAGAAAUCUUAAAAUCCGGGAAUGUAAGAUAGAUGAAAUUGAUACCAAUUAUAAUAGUUUGCCAUCCAAGGCUUCACAAUUAAUGAAUAUAUUCGAGUCUAGAGCGGAUAAACAAAGAUGGUUCUUUGUUUUAUGUGAAGCAUUAGAGAAAUCCCGUAGAAAAGACUUAAGUAAGACUCUGCAAGAAAUUAUGGCUAUGAAUAUAUCAUGACUUCAUUUCAUCUACUAAGGUUUUCAAUAUAAUAAUAAAAGAAACCCUUUAUAUAAUAAAUAUAUCAACUAAAUGUAACAUGUAGGUAUAAAAUCACCGACAUGGUAAUGGUUAAUCCUUCAAUAAGACAAUUUUGUCUAAGUUGUUAUCUACACAUGUACAACUUUUUAUGAAGUCAGUUCUGCAGUAUGCCAUCAUACUACAGAAAAUAUAAUACUAAAAGUUAUUAUGUACCAAUAAGAUGGCCUUUUUAGUAGAUUUAGUUUAUCAGGUGUAAGCAAACUCUGUCACCUGACACUAAUGGCAUUUUAUAUCUUACAAUAUAUACAACAUUAGUGUAACCAUGGGUAUUACAAUAAUUAUUUAAAACCAUAUCAUUUUGUCAAUAGUUCAAAUAGGUAUAGAGAACCUGCAUAACCUUGAUAGUUAACAUUAAAGUGGUGAGAUUUAGUAUUAAGAGUGUGAAAAAAAUGGAAAUUUAUACUGCACUAACUAUAAAGUAAUAAUUAGUUUUAAAUAAGUCAGACAUAAUUAUUUAGAAAAAAAUGUUCCAGAUUUGUAACCCUCAUCUGAUAAAAAGGGGUAAAUAAAAUAAUUGCAGUUUCAUAAAAUUAUGUUACUUGACUACUAUUUUGUAACUAUAGUAUUUUUUAAAAUAUUAAUAGAUGAUUAUUUUAGCUGAGUUGAAACAUAAUUUCUCCCAGACUAUAUAAUUCAUAUAAAAAAAUAAAGUAAUCUAAAAAAUGAUACAUCCAUAUUCUUGAGUUUUGGGUUGCCUUGAGGUAUUUAAGACUUAAAAAUAAUCAAAUUACCUUCACUUAAUACUAUUUACGGUCUUAAUCCACUUUUGUCAACAUGCUAAAUACUGUUAUGAUAGAAAACAAAAAGCAGUAUGAGACAACGCAAGACAAUAACCUGCUGAUCUUGGUUUGUUUUUAAAAUUAAGUAAUAAUGAGAGUUAGAAGAAUACCUACAUGUUUACAAAAGGCUUGACCCCUAAUUAAAUUUUUUUUGUUUUGAUUUACUGAGGCCCUAGUCUUUAAGCAGGUUGUCCAUAAUCCUAAAAGACAUUUAAAAAAUUAAUUCACAAUAAUUAUAUUAGAAACUAUCUUUUUUAUUAUUUUAAUUCAGAAACUUAUAACACUGAUCUGGUGUAUCACAUGUGUUAUAUUCAAUUUCAUAAAUAUUAAACUGUACCAAUGUCUAUGAGCAUUAUGAUUUGUCAAACCAACUUUUACAUCAUUUGUUUCCUAUCCUGACCUAUUGACCAUUAUACUGAAGAAUAUUAUAUAGAUUUGCCCUAAAUAUAGCUAUGUAAGGGCGCAUUUUCAUUGGUCGAUAAGGCCCGCAUUCGGUGUGCGGGAGAUUUCUGUAACACAUGCCAUAGGGCCCGCAAAGAGUUUAUCGUUUUCACUGGUCGUCAGAGCGCAUACGAGGUGCGGGUGAUUUCUAUAACGCAUAUAUAAAUAUCAAUAUAUGAAUGCGGAUAUCACCCGCACACGUUUAAUCGACCGAGUUAUCGACCAGUGGAUUUCAUUGAUUGUUAGCUCGCAUGCGGGUACUCCCCGCAAUCGGGCUAACUACCGACUUAUCGACCAAUGAAAAUGCGCCUUAUGAAGAGUUCAAACAGCUGUUCUGGGUAUGACUGGUCUUGAAGACUUACAAUGCUUGUUUUGACCUGCUUAUGUAUGCUUCAUUUUAAACAAUUUCGUUGCCUGUAUUUCCAUGUGUAUUUUUAUAAACAAUAAUAAAUUUAUAGUUAUUUAUAAAACAGGAUUGAAUUAAA